CUAGGUUAUAGCUUAAAGUACAGACAGCAAGGGCCCACCAUACUGCAUAUAGGGGACUCUGCUGAUUAUUGGGCAAAAAUGCCAGUCCAUUUAAAUGGGAGCUGAGGCUUAGGACUGCAGGGGCACCUGAGACACCAAAGAGAGAUCUAGCAGGACUGCAUCAAGGGUUCAACAAAGUAUUCCACCGCAGAACUGAUCCCUGGCUAGAUCUUAAAAACUCCUUCUAUAAAGACCACUGGAGAGUGUGAGUUGGGUAGAGGGGAAUAACAAGUGCAUAACACUUGAGUGGAAAAGAAGGAGGUCCUUGUAGGGUGGUACUUCCAGGUGGCAGAUCACAUUACUUUUCAGUCAGUGUUGAAUAAUACAUUUUUAGGUAGGUCCAGAGGGCAGCAGGUUUUAGUUUUCUUAAUGUUUGCUUGAAUACAUAACUGCCCUUUCUUUGUUUAACCCUCCCAAUUAUUUAUUUGUAUUCUUGGUAUUCAUUCUGGGUUCAGGAAUGACACGAGAGCACCCGUUAGUUUUCACUUUUUCUCAUUAUAAAAAUACAUUUAUAUUUGAGGCAGUUUUUUGAGCCGGGUACCAUAAGACCUUUGUUUGCUCAUUUGUUAUUUAUUAUUAACUAAUUAGCUACACUAAAUGUUAUAGUUUUCAGAAAUAAAACUACUAAAUAUGGGGCAUGUGUGCUAAUUUUGCUUUAAAAUGAAGAGAAGGAAAACACUGGUGAUGACUGAAUUUAAGUCCUCUAAAAGGACAGUAUGGUAUACUAAUUAGUUUUAAUAAUUUAAUACAAAGAAAGGUUUACAGUUGUGCAGUUUUUUUUCUAACAUUAUAAUCUUUUAAAAUAAUAUAUAUUCAGCUCUCGGUUUUAAUUCACAUUCUUGUUUUUUUUUCUUUUCAGAGACUGCCUGCUUAUUAACUUUGAACAUUCAUUGGGUUUGUGAUGUGGCAAACAACUAUGGCAAGACUAAUUUUGUACCUCUGCAUAUUCAAGAAGGCAACUGGAGACCUCCAGGAGAAAUUUAAAGAAAUUAAUAUAGAAUUCGCAAUCAACUUCUAUCAAAUGUUAAAAGAAACUAAGAACAACUCCAAUGUAAUUAUUUCUCCAGCUGGGAUUUCUGUCUCAAUGGGGCUUUUACAAAUUGGGGCGAAACGAAAUACAUUCUCACAGCUGGAAGAUGUUCUAGGCUAUAAUAUUAAUGAUCACAGAGUACUAGACUACUUGCAAAAGAUGUAUGAUGGCUUGAAUAACUCAAGUCAAGCAGGGAUCCUACAACUGCUCUCUGCUGUCUUCAUUCACAGGGAUGCUGUGAUCUCACCUGCCUUUGUUCAGCAGCUGUCAUCCUGGGUAAACAGUAGUCUUCAGCGUACAGAUUUCAGUCAACCUGACCAGACACAUAGACAGAUCAACCAAUGGAUGAAGAGUCAUACUGGAGGUGAAGUAACAGAUGUCAUAUCUUGUGAACACAUAGGUUCCACUCUUGCACAGAUUGCCAUAGUCAGUGCUUUGCACUUCAAAAGUACUUGGCGAAGACAAUUCUCUUUCACAAACACUCAGAACCUGCCUUUCAUCACUGCAGAUGGAUCAACCAUUAAAGUUCCAAUGAUGUACCAAGCAGCUGAAGUCAACUUUGGUCAAUUUAAAACUCCAGCAGAGCAGAGACUGACAGUCUUGGAGCUUCCCUUUCUUACAAAUGAAGUCAGUCUGUUUUUAGUGCUUCCCACUGAGAGGAAAAUCUCCCUUACUCUUAUUGAACCUUACAUCACAGCACGAGCAAUUUCACAAUGGACAAGUGGCCUGAGUAAAAUUAAGUUGGAUGUUUUCCUGCCAAGGUUUAAAAUAAAAAAUAAAUUCAACCUAAAGGCAGCCUUAUUUGCUCUAGGAAUCAAAGACCUUUUUGAUCCCAAUAAAGCUGACUUUGGAGGAAUUUCAGAACAAGACAGCCUUUAUGUGUCAGAAGCUAUACAUGAAGCGGAAAUUGAAAUAACAGAACAUGGAACCAAAGCAUCAUCUGCUACAGCCAUGGUGUUAUUAAAAAGAUCACGGGCUCCUUUAUUUAAAGCAGAUCGACCAUUCUUCUUCCUUUUGAGACAUGCAGGUACAGGUUCUGUUCUCUUUAUUGGGAGGGUUCAAAAUCCAGUGGAAUCCACAUUGUGAAGCACAACCAUCAUUGUAACAAAAUUAAUGGACUGUUGAUGUGAAAUUCUAAACCAUUAUUUAUUUUGGCAACUAAGGAAUAUGGACAAUAGGAUAUAUUGUAUAUAUUUGUAAAUAAAUUUUGAUUACACUUUUUUACACAAU